AUGGCCUAUGUGGUGCCCAUUCACCGGGCGAGCAGCAUUCGCCAUGCGGUGAAACUGAAUUUCAUGAAACCAGAGGAGGAUUGCCUGGUCGCUGCAAAGGCCAGUCGCCUUGAAUUUUACACUCUGACCCCCGAUGGGCUGGUCCUCGCCGCGUCGCGUGCCCUGUUCGCGCGGGUGACGAUGCUCGCCCGCCUCCCGGCCCCGGCAAACUCACCGACCGACCACCUCUUCGUCGGCACCAACCAAAACAACUACUUUACACUUGCCUGGGAUGCCGAGAACAAUCGGAUUCGGACCACUCGCAGCUAUGUCGACAUUGCCGACGUGUCGUCGCGGCACGCACAAACGGCGCCGCGGUGUCUGAUCGACCCAAGCGGGCGGUUCAUGACAUUGGAAAUCUACGAGGGCGUGAUUGUGGUUGUUCCCAUUGUGCAGCCAUCCAAGAAACGAGGCAGGAACUCCCAGGCGGUAUCUGUGGCAGAUGUACCGCAGGUUGGAGAAUUGGGCGACCCGACCACCUCGCGUAUCGAUGAGCUAUUCGUCAGGUCGUCUGCUUUCUUGCAUUCGGAAAUCAACCCAUGGCUGGCGCUGUUGUAUGAGGAUAAUCAAAGGAGGGUGCGCCUAAGGAUUCGCGAGUUGGAUUACAGCCCAGCUACGCCAAGUGCCAGUGCCGAUGCGACUUUCAGGGAGGUCCAGGAUAAGAAGCUGGAGGGAGGGGUGUUUGCACAUGAGCUUGACUUCGGGUCCACGCAUCUCAUUCCCAUUCCAGCCCCUCUGGGUGGGCUAAUUGUCCUUGGAGAGACGUCGAUCAAGUACAUUGACGAAAACGCAAAUGACAUGAUCUCGCGCAACCUUGACCAAGCAACCGUUUUUGUGGCCUGGGAGAAGGUCGACAGUCAACGAUGGUUGUUAGCCGACGACUACGGACGGUUGUUCUUCUUGAUGUUCGUCCUGAACAGCCAAGGCAACGUCGAAGAUUGGAAGCUGGAUCAUCUGGGCAACACAUCUCGCGCGUCGGUCCUAGUUUACCUGGGCGGCGGAAUUCUCUUUUGGGCCAUCCAGACGCUGUCCAAUAUUGCACCCAUCUUGGACUUUACUGUGAUGGACUUGGGGAACCGUACUAGUGAGAGCCAAACCCACGAGUUCUCGUCUGGUCAGGCGAGGAUCGUCACUGGAUCCGGAGCUUUUGAUGACGGAUCCUUGCGAAGCGUGCGAAGCGGCGUCGGCAUGGAGGAGCUGGGUGUGCUUGGUGAAAUGGACCACAUUACCGACAUGUGGGGAUUGCAAACUCAGAGCACCGGCGAUACUCUGGAUACUCUGCUUGUCACCUUUGUCGAUGAAACGCGAGUGUUUCGCUUUAGUCCCGACGGCGAAGUCGAGGAGCUGGACAGCUUCCUGGGGCUCUCUUUGUCCGAAAGUACACUGGUGGCUGCGAACUUGCCUGGUGGCCGUAUACUUCAAAUCACCGAGCAAAGGGUUCUCGUGGCGGACCGAGAGAGUGGGAUGCUGACCUUCGAGUGGACACCUCCCACGCGCAAAAUCAUCACUGCUGCCUCAGCUAAUGAUAGCCAUCUAGUUCUCGUCCUCGGUGGCCAGGUCAUAGUGUCGUUCGAUAUCCAAAACCAUGUCCAGAUUAUCACGCAAAAGGAACUGGGGGUUGAUCGACAAAUCUCCGGCGUGACAGUCCCAUCCACGCCAGCAGGGAUUUGCAUCGCAGGAUUUCCCCAGUCAGCCACGGUUUCUAUCCUGGGUAUCCAAGACUUUGCAGAACUUCAAACACAGGCCUUGGGGCCUCGUGGAGAAGCAUUUCCUCGGUCUGUGCUUGUGGCCGACGUGCUUGCGGACAGCCCGCCAACACUCUUCGUGUCGAUGGCCAAUGGCAGCGUCAUUACAUUCUCCCUGAAUCCCCAGGAUUAUGCGCUCACGGAUAUGAAUACUUUGACGCUCGGUUCCGAACAGCCCGCGUUCAAAAAGCUCCCGAGGGGCGACGGUCUUUACAAUGUGUUUGCGACUUGCGAAAACCCCAGUCUGAUCUAUGGCUCCGAGGGCCGAAUCAUCUACUCUGCUGUUAACUCCGAAGGUGCAGCCCGCAUAUGCCAUCUCAAUGCAGAGGCAUUCCCUGAAGCCAUUGCCGUGGCCACGACACGGGAACUGAAAAUCGCACUCGUGGACAAAGAGCGCACGACCCAGAUUCAAACGCUACCGAUGGGAGCUAGCGUGCGCCGUGUGGCCUAUUCACCGUCGGAGAGAGCAUUUGUGAUGGGCGCGAUCGACCGCAAACUCGAGGACGGCGCGGAGAUAGUGAAGAGUCGGCUUGUACUCGCCGACGAGAUCAUGUUCCAGCACCUAGAUGCGUUGGAACUUCAGCCAGAGGAGCUGGUGGAAAGCGUGAUCCGUGCCGAGUUUCCCGGUGAGAAAGAUGAGAACGGACGGGACACGGUUCAGGACCGGUUUAUUGUCGGCACGGCCCAUUUGGAUGAGGGGCAGAACUCAAUCCGCGGACGCAUUCUGGUGCUGGAGGUCGAUCAUGGGCGCAAAUUGACGCAGGUCGCCGAGCUGCCACUCAAGGGUGCAUGUCGUGCAUUGGCCAUGAUGGGUGACCUCGUCGUGGCGGCGCUUGUGAGGACAGUCGUCGUUUACAAGGUCAUCAACAACCACUUUAGCUCGAUGAAGCUCGAGAAACUCGCUGCGUAUCGGACCUCGACCGCACCCAUCGACAUCAGCAUCGUCGAUGACUUGAUCCUUGUGGGCGACAUGAUGAAGAGCGCCUGUCUCGUGAAGUACAGCCCAGGGAAAAAUGGUGAAGCAGACCAGUUGACCGAGGUUGGCCGCCACUAUCAAACGGUCUGGAGCACGGCUCUGGCCCAUGUCGGCAAAGACACAUUCCUUCAAAGCGAUGCCGAAGGGAAUUUGAUCGUGUUAUCCCGAAACAUGAGCGGCCUCACUGAACAGGACCAACGCCGACUGACCGCGACGAGCGAGUUCUCUCUGGGGGAGAUGGUGAACCGGAUUCGGCCGGUAAAUUUCCCGCAGCUCUCGAAUAUGAUUGUGAACCCGCGGGCGUUCAUGGCAACGGUCGAGGGCUCCAUCUACCUCUUCGCUCUAAUCAACCCCGAACACCAGGACUUCCUCAUGACUCUCCAAACAGUCCUCGCGUCCAAAGUCGACUCUCUGGGCCAGCUACCCUUCGACAAGUACCGCGCGUUCCGUACACUCGUGCGCUCCGCCGACGCGCCCUACCGCUUUGUAGAUGGCGAACUCAUCGAGCAGUUCCUCAAAUGCGACUUGAGCUUGCAAGAGGAGAUUCUGGGGGAGAUGGGCUCGUUGGAUUUAGAGGAGGUAAAGCGGAUGAUCGAGGCUUUGCGGAGGCUCCAUUGA